CCUGGUACAAUUCAUAAGGAUCAACGUGCCACAACUGCUUACAGUUUCCUCUGAGGUGAAGAUUUUUGGAAGGAACAUGAACCAGCAGCAUUUGUUUGAGCUCUGGUUCUGUCUGCUGUCCGUGUGUUUCCUGGUCUGGCUCGGUCAGGCCCAGGUCCCCGAGCCAGCACAGUGCCUCGUCUCUGGGAUCUACAACCUGACCCGGCCUCCGAUGGAGGAUGAGGAUGAGGGGAAGUGCUGGAGGGAUUGCGAUGCAGAGCCCGACUGCCACAUGGCAUUGAUAGUCAUACCACUCCGUGACAAAAAGCAGUGCCUGCUGGUCAACUGUCUGAACCAGACCAGAUACUCGUACACCCGACAUCCCAGCACAGAGAUCAGGGUUUACCCCAAGAGCACCAUUGAUGAUGACCAAAGAUACUAUUUAAUGACAGAUGAAUAUGGACUAGCUGAUGAGACGCUUCAUUGUUCAGAGUUCAUGAAUUGUAGCAGCUGCCAGUCGGGGAUUCCCAGAUUCUUCUACAACAGGACCAGUUACAGGUGUGAGAGCUUCCACGCUGGCUGUGGGUCCAAUAGAAACUCAUUUGAAACCCAGGAAGGGUGUGAAGCCCUCUGCAAUAAAAAGUUUCGUUGUUAUCGGCCCAUGCAGUAUGGAGCAGGCAGCUCAAACAUUUCCAUGUUCUUCUACAACAUGAAGAGCCAGAGCUGUGAGACAUUUAACUUCAGCGGCUACGGGUCCAACGGGAACAUCUUUCAGACUGAGGAGGAGUGUGAGAACCUCUGUGGUGACAUUAAAGCUACUACAACAAGCCGACCUGCUGUGACUACAGGUAUUUCACCUCCUGUAACCAGUGUCACUGCAGAUACUACAGUUGCUGUUCCUACAGAAAACACAGCUACUACAACCAGACGACCUGCUGUGACUACAGCAGGUAUUCGUCCUCCUGUAAUCAGUGUCACUGCAGGUUUCCUCAUUAUUCUGGUGGUUAUUCCAGUCAUCUUGUUUGUGUUCGCCAUCAUCGCUGCUGUCCAUUGUAUAUGCAACCACAAGCGUCCAUCUUCUGUCAGCUACAGAAAAUUAUCAGAUCUUGAUAGUGAAUCCUCCACGGAGUCAGAGUCUGUCGGGGUGAUCAUCGAAGCAGACGAGGACUGUUCUGGUGGUGGUGGUGAAUCCAAUAUUGUGCAACGCAGAUUUUCAUCAGAAGAUGCCAGUAUAGGCUUAAAUAAACAAAGUAGAGGAAGUAGAGGACGCCAACCGAAAACAAAACAAAAAGUUAGCAAGCGGUAACCUCCGGGGCUGAAAAAUGACGCUAACGCGGAAGUGCCAAAA